AUGGCCUGCUUGAAGUCGAACCUUGACGAGAUCGAGCGGAUUUCCAAUGAUAAUACCGAUGGCACCGCUAAGGUAACCAGCCCAGAAAUCCGACGACAUGGGCCCGAAUUUCCUCGAGAAACUGCAGAUACCAGUCCGUCGUUCCUUCGAUCGCUGCCACCCAAGUUCUCCGCUUUAGGAGAGGCGGGGCGCCGAGGCAAUCCCACGCAGGUCACGUGCCCCCGCGACACUUUGAGCAACACGCCCGUAUCCAUUGACCGUCUCGCGAAGCCUUUCAAAUGUCCCGGAUCAGCUACGCCAACGAGAACAUCAGAGAAACCCUCGAGGAAGCGACGAAAAGUGAACUACGCCGGCGCGGAUGGAAGUGUCCAGGAUGACAGCUCGAAACCGUACACCAACGAAGACCGACUGGCCCUUGCCACCAGAGACGUGAACAGAUUCCCGGUCUUCAAAGCCAAGGACAAAGAGACAGUGUUUAGGCAAAAUUUCAAGAUACCUUUGAUCAAUAAGUCGGCCGGCAACUACGACAGCGCUCGACCAGCACCAACGUUGGGAAUGCGACAAGGUGCAACGUUUGUCGUGAAGCCUCUGCAUGACCCUAGUGGAGAGUUUGCGAUAGUUUUGUAUGAUCCGACCGUUGACGAUACCGACCGACCCGCCGAACCGAAGAAAGCAGAAGAAACGCAACCCGAAGACAAACCGAAAUUGGAUGAACCAUUGGUACAUAAAAGUUUGGCGGACAUCCUUGGACUGAAGAAGGAUGUUGAAGAGCGCCCGAAAGUUCCCGUCGUUAUUGAUCCACGACUGGCCAAAGUACUACGACCUCAUCAAAUAGAGGGUUUCCUUUACCGUUGUACGACUGGAAUGGUUGAUCCAAAUGCACAUGGCUGUAUCAUGGCAGAUGGAAUGGGACUGGGAAAGACGCUUCAAUGUAUUUCAUUGAUGUGGACAUUGCUCAAGCAAUCACCAGAAGCCGGGAAGACCCUUAUUCAGAAAUGUAUCAUUGCCUGUCCGUCAAGUUUGGUAGGAAACUGGGCCAAUGAGUUAGGGAAAUGGCUCGGAAAGGAUGCAACCACACCAUUUGCCAUUGAUGGUAAGGCUUCAAAGGCAGAGCUUACUAGUCAGAUAAAGCAAUGGGCCAUUGCUUCAGGCCGCUCUGUCGUAAGACCGGUCCUCAUAGUGUCGUACGAAACACUGCGUUUAUACGUCGACACACUGAGAGACAGUCCAAUUGGGCUUCUUUUGUGCGACGAAGGGCAUCGACUCAAAAACAAGGACAGUCUGACGUGGACUGCCCUUAAUAGCUUGAAUGUGCAGCGUCGCGUGAUCCUCUCCGGAACUCCAAUCCAAAAUGACCUUUCGGAAUACUUUGCGCUACUGAAUUUCGCCAAUCCCGAUUUGCUAGGGUCGCAAAAUGAAUUUCGCAAAAAGUUUGAAUUGCCUAUUCUCAAAGGCAGAGACGCUGCAGGAACGGAAGAAGACCGUAAGAAGGGCGACGAGCGACUGGUGGAGCUGUCUGGGAUCGUCAACAAAUUCAUUAUUCGCCGGACAAAUGACAUCUUGUCGAAGUACUUGCCAAUCAAGUACGAACAUGUCGUUUUCUGCAACAUGUCGCAGUUCCAACUUGAUCUAUACAACCACUUCAUCCAGAGCCCAGAGAUCAGAAGCUUGCUCAGGGGCAAAGGAAGUCAACCUUUGAAAGCAAUUGGGCUUUUGAAAAAACUUUGCAACCAUCCGGACCUGCUCAAUCUCUCCAAUGAUCUUCCAGGCUGCGAAUUUGCCUUCCCCGACGACUAUGUUCCCCCCGACGGACGAGGACGGGACCGCGAUAUCAAGUCUUGGUAUUCAGGAAAAAUGAUGGUUUUGGACAGAAUGCUUGCACGGAUACGUCAGGAUACUAACGAUAAGAUUGUCCUCAUUAGCAACUACACACAAACGCUCGAUCUCUUCGAGAAGCUGUGUAGGUCAAGGGGUUAUGGGUCCCUCCGACUGGACGGUACAAUGAACGUGAAUAAACGGCAGAAACUGGUCGACAAGUUCAAUAACCCAAAUGGAGAGGAGUUUGUCUUCCUGCUCAGCAGUAAGGCUGGAGGGUGCGGUUUGAACCUGAUCGGCGCAAAUCGCCUGGUCCUGUUUGACCCUGAUUGGAAUCCAGCUGCCGACCAGCAGGCUUUGGCACGAGUGUGGCGAGACGGUCAGAAGAAAGAUUGUUUUGUCUACCGCUUUAUCGCGACCGGGUCGAUUGAGGAGAAGAUUUUUCAGCGUCAAUCACAUAAACAAUCUCUCUCGUCCUGCGUCGUGGAUUCCGCCGAGGAUGUCGAACGACACUUUUCUAUAGAGUCGCUUCGUGAACUGUUCCAGUUCAAGCCCGAGACUCGGAGCGACACGCAUGAUACUUUCAAAUGCAAGCGAUGCAAGCCGGAUGGAUCACAGUUUAUCAAAGCACCAGCCAUGCUCUACGGUGAUACUAGUUCUUGGAAUCAUUUUGUGAAUGACGGCGAGAAGGGGCACUUCAGCAAGAUUCAAGAUCUACUCAUGCGACAGGAGUCCGGGGAGCGAGAUGUGUCCGCGGUGUUCCACUACGACGAAGCUACGAGCUCGACCCACCGCCCCAUCCGGACAGCGCUUUCCCACCAUGAGCAUUAUUAUCUAGCGGAGGCUCAGUGCUCGCUUGAAAAAGUCGUCCGCGAUGCCGUCUUCAGGGGAGAACAUGAAGAGAUCCAGAAAAUCGUCGACCAGCUCUGCCAUGACUACGCCUACGCCGUACACCAGCCGCAUGCGAGAAACGGUGGCCUGAUCGGGUUGGCGGCGGCCUCCAUCGCACUCGGAUCUGAGGGAGUUGCGCCUUAUCUGAAGGAAAUCGUACCCCCGGUCUUAGCAUGUUUCUCCGAUCAGGAUGCCCGCGUCCGAUAUUACGCUUGCGAAAGCAUGUACAACAUCGCCAAGGUUGCGAAGGGGGAGGUCCUGCUGUUCUUUAAUGAGAUAUUCGAUGCGCUCUGUAAAUUAGCGUCCGACUCCGAACUCUCCGUCAAAAAUGGCGCCGAACUUCUUGAUAGACUGGUCAAGGAUAUUGUAUCUGAAUCUGCUGCCUCCUACGUCUCGAUCCUACAGCUUUCCGAGAAGCAAAAUUUUGACUCCGACAGCGUGGAGGAUGUCGAUCUGCCAACCGCCUUUUCGCUUCCGAAAUUCAUCCCUCUACUGAAGGAACGAAUCUUCGUUAUCAGCGCGUUCACUCGCAUGUUCUUGGUAUCCUGGCUGACACUCUUGGAUACGAUCCCGGACUUAGAACUUGUUUCUUAUCUGCCAGAAUUCCUGGGCGGGUUGAUCAAAUUUCUUGGCGACACCAACAGAGAUGUUAAUGUCGCCACUCAAGCCCUUCUCGACCGGUUUCUCUCGGAAAUCAAGAGAAUUGCACGGCUCAAGAAGGGGAUCGAGGAGAGCCGAAAAGGACAAGGCAGCGACAACAGACAAUCGGCCACGAGUGACAGCGCCAGCACAACCACUACGACGACGCAGACCGUUGCUCUUGAACCGGAGAUUAAUGAGAACGCUGUGGAAGAUUCCGAGUCGGAAUCUGCCAUUGAUGAGGAGGGUUUGCAGGUUGAUGGCGACUGGAUCCCCGGGCAAGAUGUCCAAAUUGACCAUGCAAGGAUAUUGGAGAUUCUUGUGGGGUUCGUCAACACUUCUUUUGACGAGGAGAUGCAAUUGACCGCACUUCGUUGGAUUGACAACUUUUUCGAAAUCAGCCCCGAAGACAUCCUCCCUUUUGUACCACGCCUUCUAACACAGGUACUUCCAGCAAUGUCUAGUGGCUCGGAUCAAGUGCGGCAGGCCGCAAACAGAGUGAACACAUCUUUGCUCGAAUACAUUGUCACUUUGUCAGAAGACACAUCGGACGAACCCCAGCAAUCUAGCUUGAAAGCGUUGCCUACGAGUAAGGAAUUUGUCGAGAGGAGGGCCUCCACUCCUAGCAGCAAGCUUACCGACACAUCACCAGCCGAAUCCAGGAAACAGUCCAUUCAACCAGAAUCUUCGACUGAACAAACGCCGCGAAGCAGCGUCGUAUCGACCCCGGCACCAGUCCCGCCAGCAGACCUUGAUUACGCCGCGGCCGUCAACUCACUCACCCUUCAAUUCCUCAAUGAGAAUGAAGCCACCCGAGUCGCUGCUCUCUCUUGGCUGAUCAUGCUGCACCGCAAGGCCCCGAAGAAAGUUGUGGCAUUCAACGAUGGGACUUUUCCCGCUUUGCUCAAGACACUGUCCGACCCGGCCGAAGCAGUUGUCACGAAGGAUCUUCAGCUCCUCUCGCAAAUAUCACGGAAUAGUGAUGAUAGCUAUUUCAAAUCGUUUAUGGUCAACCUACUUCAGCUCUUUUCCACCGAUCGGGGCUUACUUGAAGUCCGUGGCAAUCUAAUCAUUCGGCAACUUUGCAUGAACCUGAGCCCUGAGCGUAUAUAUCGAACGCUAGCGGAUUGUCUGGAGAAAGAAGAGGAUAUUGAAUUUGCCAGUAUCAUGGUUCAAAAUCUGAACAACAAUCUGAUCACUGCACCUGAGCUUUCAGAUCUUCGCAAACGACUCAGAAAUCUAGAUUCAAGGGAGGGUCAGAUGUUCUUCGUGGCUCUUUUCAGAUCCUGGUGUCACAACGCCGUCUCCACGUUUUCCCUGUGUCUUCUGGCUCAAGCCUAUGAACAGGCCUAUAACCUUCUUCAAGUCUUCGCCGAACUCGAAAUGACCGUAAAUAUGUUAAUACAAAUUGACAAACUGGUGCAAUUAUUGGAAUCGCCCGUUUUUACAUACCUUCGCCUCCAGCUCCUCGAGCCAGAAAAAUAUCCAUACCUUUACAAAUGUCUCUACGGAGUCCUCAUGCUCCUCCCACAAAGCUCCGCCUUUGCAGCCUUGAAAAACCGCCUCAACAGCGUCAGCAACAUCGGUCUUCUCCACACCGGUCCUCGACUAACAAGCAUGACCUCAUCCACCUCCUCCUCCACCUCCUCAGCCUCCUACGAACGCCCCACCGGCCGCCUGAAGCGCGAAGACUCGUCCAUCCGCUGGGUCGAACUCCUCGACAAGUUCAAAUCCGUGCAGGAAAAAGCCCGCCGCUCGCAACGCGCCUCCCAACGUCCCUACGACCUUGACGGCGGGCCCUCCGGCUUCGGGAACCCCUCGCUGGCAGCCGCCCUCAACGACCCUGCCCAGCGCCACAGGGAAAAAACCCUCCCCGAUGCACCGCGCGGAGGGCCCGGCGGGGCUGUCGGCGCCGGAGCUAGUGGUGAGGGAGGUCGCGGAAGCGCUAACGCGGGUGGCUCAGAGGCCGCGCAGAAGGGGACCCCAGGGGGAGGAUCGAUACUGGGUGGUUCGCAUCGGCAUAAGUCUAGUUUGCCGAAUCUGGGAAGGUUGGGAAUUGGGGGGAAGAAGUUUAGACGGUGAUUGUGCCCUUCCUUUACCCUUCUUGCUGGGUUAUUUCAUUUUUCUUUUUCUUUCUAGUUGAAGUGGUCAGAGGAAAGAGGGAAGUACAUACAUACAUGGGAGCAUGGACAGGAACAGAAGUCCGGGGGUAGAGGAUCGAUAUAACUAAGAGGUGGAGAUAUGGAGAGGUAGAGGUUGUGACUGGAUCAGACGUAUAGGGUGUAUACCCAUUCAUCAACAAGUAUAUUAUGUGAAGUAGACGAUUUCAUAGUCUUGUAUGCUGAAUGGAAGAUCUGCGCGAAAUAGGU